CGGAGGCUCAGGCUGGAGCAGAAGACCUGGGCGUGACUGGAGAGCCAGAGGGCGGGGCCUCAGCUGUCGGCAACUGGGCAGCGCUCUGCGCCGCGCUGCUGCAGCUCAACUCCAGCUACCUUGGAUACCUGCAGGAGCCUACCUUCUCCGCCACUUCUGGUGUCACUGCCCAAAUGGAGAUACUGUGGAAUGAGAAGGUCAGUUCCGCCUCUCUCUUCGCCUUCCAGACUGUGGCAGACCAGGUUCAGAUGGGCUUUGUCAGGUGGCCCCACUACUCGCUCCUUCCAUAAGUGAGGGCCGAUGCCCCAAAGUCCUCCAGAGAAGAGCAAGGCCUACCCCCGCCGACGCCCUGGGCACGACACAGGCCGUGGGAGACCCGAGGCUGCCUCAGCCACAGCCAUGUACACCUUCCUGCCCGACAACUUCUCGCCUGUCAAGCCCAAGCCAUCAAAAGAGCUGAAGCCGCUGCUGGGCUCAGGGGUGCUGGGGCUGCUGCUGGUGUUAGCCGCAGUGGUGGCCUGGUGCUACUACAGUGCCUCUCUACGCAAGGCAGAGCGUCUGCGCGCGGAGCUGCUGGACCUCAACCUCGGUGGCUUCUCUAUCCGCAACCAGAAAGGUGAGCAGGUCUUCCGCCUGGCCUUCCGCUCGGGUGCGCUGGACCUUGACUCCUGCAGCCGCGAUGGCGCUCUGCUGGGCUGCUCUCAAACGGCAGAUGGGCGUCCACUACACUUCUUCAUCCAGACUGUGCGACCCAAGGACACAGUCAUGUGCUACCGUGUGCGCUGGGAGGAGGCAGCGCCGGGCCGCGCAGUGGAGCAUGCCAUGUUCCUGGGAGACGAGAGGGCGCACUGGUAUGGCGGCGCUGAGAUGAGGACCCAGCAUUGGCCCAUACGGCUGGAAGGCCAGCAGGAGCCACAGCCGUUUGUCACCAGCGACGUCUACUCCUCCGACGCAGCAUUUGGAGGCAUCCUGGAGCGCUACUGGCUGUCAUCACGUGCGGCUGCCAUCAAGGUCAACGACUCAGUGCCCUUCCACCUGGGCUGGAACAGCACAGAGCGCUCACUGAGGCUGCAGGCACGCUACACUGACACCCCCUACAAGCCACCAGCCGGCCUCCCCGCAGCUCCAGAGCUCAGCUACCGCGUGUGCGUUGGCUCAGAUGUCACCUCCAUCCACAAGUACAUGGUACGGCGCUAUUUCAACAAGCCAUCAAGGGUGCCAGCACCCGAGACCUUCCGGGACCCCAUCUGGUCCACGUGGGUGCUGUACGGGCGCGCAGUGGACCAGGACAAGGUGCAGCGUUUUGCCCAGGAGAUCCGCCGGCACCGCUUCAACAGCAGCCACCUGGAAAUCGACGACAUGUACACACCUGCUUAUGGUGACUUCGACUUCGACGAGGUCAAGUUUCCCAACGCCAGUGACAUGUUCCGCCACCUGCGCGACACUGGAUUUAAAGUCACGCUCUGGGUGCACCCAUUUGUCAACUACAAUUCCUCAUCCUUUGGCGAGGGUGUGGAGCGAGAGCUGUUUGUGCGUGAACCCACGGGCCGGCUGCCCGCGCUGGUGCGCUGGUGGAAUGGCAUCGGCGCGGUGCUGGACUUCACGCGCCCCGAGGCCCGCGACUGGUUCCAGGGGCACCUGCGGCGGCUGCGCUCGCGCUAUGAGGUGGCCUCCUUCAAGUUCGAUGCAGGUGAGGUCAGCUAUUUGCCCCGGGACUUUAGCACCUACAGGUCGCUGCCAGACCCCAACAUAUGGAGCCGGCGCUAUACUGAGAUGGCGCUUCCCUUCUUCUCACUGGCUGAGGUCCGCGUGGGCUACCAGUCUCAGAAUAUCUCCUGCUUCUUCCGCCUGGUGGACCGUGACUCCGUGUGGGGCUACGAUCUGGGACUGCGCUCGCUCAUCCCCGCCGUGCUCACGGUCAGCAUGCUGGGCUACCCAUUCAUCCUGCCCGAUAUGGUGGGUGGCAAUGUGGUGCCUGAGCGCACAGCGGGCGGCGGCAAUGUGCCAGAGCGCGAGCUCUACGUGCGCUGGCUGGAGGUGGCCGCUUUCAUGCCCGCUAUGCAGUUCUCAGUCCCACCCUGGCAAUAUGACGCUGAAGUGGUGGCCAUCGCACACAAGUUCGCCGCACUGAGGGCCUCGCUUGUGGCACCGCUAUUGCUUGAGCUGGCAGGUGAAGUCACCGACACUGGAGACCCCAUCGUGCGCCCGCUUUGGUGGAUUGCGCCCGGCGAUGAGACAGCGCACCGCAUCGACUCACAGUUCCUUAUCGGGGACACACUGCUGGUGGCACCAGUACUGGAGCCUGGCAAGCAGGAACGUGACGUCUACCUGCCCGCCGGCAAGUGGCGCAGCUAUAAGGGCGAGCUUUUUGACAAAACACCAGUGCUGCUCACCGAUUAUCCUGUGGACCUGGAUGAGAUAGCCUACUUCGUCUGGGCAUCCUGACCCAGCCCAGGACCCAGAGACCCCACAGGUCUAACCCAAGUCUUUUAUGCAGGCCUUUCACCCUCUAUUAAAUACAACUACACCGUGUAUCCCCAGGGAGUCCCUACCUCUGUACCACCCACUGUGUGGGUGCUGACAUAAAUGUGCUCCACCCAGCUCCUGUAGGGCCAGGGGAGGGGGCAGUGAUGCACAAUCCUAACAGCUCCCUUCCCUACACACUCACUCCAUCUGCAGAAACCUUUUCCAUGAGGUGAGGGUGAGUGAGCUUAGAGGAGAAAAGGUUAGUUCCUGUUACACAUGGUUGGGUUUUAAAAGCACACAAAAAAAUCCCUUACCCUUUUUCCUGGCCUGAGUGGCCAUCUUGUCCUUCUGAAGUGGGCACUUGAUCCUCUUUAAGGUCCCAAAAUAGCCCCCUGCCACACUUAGAAGAAGGGUACAUUCUUGGAAGUGGAAGACAGGCCCUGAGUUCCCAGCAUUGGCCUAAACUGUGGCUGACCUGCUCUCCCUUGAGCUGGCAAGAAGGGAGAGGAGUAGUUGGCCAACUGACAAGGAAGCAGGAGGUCCCCUCCCAGGAGACAGGAGGACUUGGUUCAGCACAGUGCCAUCAUCACUGCCCCUCAUUUGUGAGCGGGCUCCUAACACUGCACCAACCCACCUGUGCACACGUACGCACUCGGCCGUGGGCCAAGGCCACCGUCCAAUGGGCAGAGACUUGCAAAACCUUGCAGAUUAGACUUGGUGCCUUAAUCUAAGAGCCUUUCUGUGUGUGUGUGUGUGUGUAGAGGCAUCAUGUGUCCCUGGGUCUGCAGAAUGAACACAACACGUCUGAGACUAGAUUAGCCUGGAGGGAGGGGGCAGGGAGCAGAUCUGAGGCUUUGAUUGUUGACUUGUCUUCCCCGCAGGCGAUGUGCCUGGGACUACGGUAAAAAAUAAAUAGCCCUUCAAGAUUCCUUAGCUGCCUCACUCCCUGAACACGGGGCAGGGUAGUGGCCUAAAAGGAAGAGAUAGCCUUAUUCUGGUGGUGGUGUGCUUCAGCACACAAGCUACACAGGUACAUCUCCACCUGCAAAUAUGCGUACAGGAUAAGGUCUUUCACCGUCAGCCGUUUUCCCUUUCUGAGAACAAUCUCAGCCAGAGAAAGUUUUUUUUUUUUUUUUUCUGACUUUGCAGUUCAGUCUAGAGAAGAAGUGGCUUGUCCGAGCAGAGAGGCCGGAAACAAGGCAGGGCUCAGCCUCCUUCCACGGCUUGGACAGCAGACCCAGUCCCGCAGCCCUAGAGAAUGCAUCCCUUUGCCCACCCCUCCACCCCUCUAUUUCCUCCAUGUGAAGAAUGCCUAAUGCAAGUUUAAGGGUACUCACAGUUGCCCAUCUCCAGUGCUGAUUCUACCAGUCAUCAAUAAGCUGUGUGACCUUGAGCAAGCUGUUUAACUUCCCUGAGCCUCAAUUUCCUCUUAUGCAAAAUGGUGAUAAUAAAGCCUACCUCCCAGGUUGUUGUGGGAAUUAUAAGCACAGAUGUACAUAAAGUGCCUGGCACAAGUAGGUGCUCAAUAAAAGGUAGCUAUUAUAAUAC